UUGUUUUACGUAAUUUUUCAGAACGAUGAAGUAAAAAAAGAAAAAGACAAGGAGGAGGGCUGUGCAAAUGGUGGCGCGGCAGCUGUUAAAGUUGAGAAACUAAGCGACGUUGGACUGAAAACUGAUAUGUAUGCAAAACAUCUUGCUGCAAUGAAGGGACGAGGAAUACCGCCGAAUAGAGAUUGGACAGAUCAGGAAACACUGCUGUUAUUAGAAGGCCUGGAAAUGUACAAGGACGAUUGGAACAAGGUUGCAGAUCACACUGGUUCCCGCACACAAGAGGAGUGCAUUAUGCGCUUUCUGCAGCUGCCUAUUCAGGACCCGUAUCUAGAAGAAGGAGGCGCCGAAGCAGAAAUUCUAGGUCCGUUAGCUUAUCAACCAGUACCAUUCAGCCAGGCAGGCAAUCCAAUAAUGUCAACGGUUGCAUUUCUUGCUUCUGUUGUGGAUCCUCGAGUCGCUGCCACUGCCGCAAAAGCUGCCAUCGAAGAAUUCGCAAAAAUGAAGGAAGAAGUACCGCCGCUUGUUUUGGAAGCUCAUGUACGUAACGUGGAAGCGACGGCUGCAAAAGAUGGCAAAAUUGAUGGUAGCGCCGGCCUCAACGUUUCAGGAAUUGCCAAUGAUAAAAACAGGGAUAAAAGUUCCGAACCGGAGCAUGCUCAGCCGGCUGUUGAAACGAAAAGCUUUACUCCUUCAGCAGAGGAAAGUGGAGAGGCGGAAGAUGAAGCAAAAAAUCAGAAGGAACCGAGCAGCUGUUCUGUCACAGAAACUAUUCAGACAGCUGCAGCUGCUGCACUUGCUGCUGCAGCAGUCAAAGCGAAGCAUUUGGCGGCGAUCGAAGAAAGGCGAAUCAAAUCGUUGGUUGCGCAGCUUGUCGAAACGCAGAUGAAAAAGCUGGAAAUGAAAUUGCGUCAUUUUGAUGAAUUGGAAGGAAUAAUGGACAAAGAACGGGAAGCGCUGGAGUAUCAGCGUCAGCAGCUGAUUCUGGAACGGCAGUCAUUUCACAUGGAUCAGCUCAGAUACCUCGAACAACGAACGAAACACGAAGCACAGUCAAAACUGAUUGCAUGCGGUAGGCAUUUUUUUCCAACUUCAGCUUAA